AUGGUGGACGCUCCGAAGCCAAUGCGACAUUGGACUUAAUGUAAAUGCGAUUCAUAGAAAGCUUUGCACCGGAUGCAAGCGUGCGUGACAGUUAUAAAUUAAAAACUAAGUGAAGAAAAGUAUUCUAUGCAAGCUUGAACAAGUUGUUAGAUAAUUGAAGCAGGCAACAACAAAUAUACAAGAAACGAGGAACCGUGGCUCGUCAUGUUUUUUGAGCGUAUUUUGGAGCGAAAAGACAUUUCGUAUAACACAACUCAUCCAGGUAAUGGGAAUAGCGACGCCAACCAGACUGACACUUAUCACUUAAGUGAAACGAACAAUGUCAUUGGCGAGGACAAGGACAACAAUAACAACAACAGCAGCAAUAGCAGCAACAUUACCGACAACAACAGCAAUCAGUCAAAUAACAGUACAGAUCCAAACAAAAUGCAACGACGCUAUGAGCAAACUGUGGGAGCUGCUGUGCAGCUAACCUCAUUGUGGGAGCAUGUUUUACGUACGCGUCGAUUGCCGGAAGCAAUUUGCCCAGCCGCAAUGUUUACCGAAUUCCAUGAAAGGUUGCAGGAUCCCGAGUGGCAGGUGCGCCAACAUGCAUUACGCGUCCUUGUCGACGUGUUGAUGGUGAUGCGAUCUAAAGCUGACAAGCAUAAUAUGCAUUUUUUAAUUGAUUUGAUCAAAAACCUCGGACAUCAGGCACCGACUGUGCGAAAGGGUGCACUUGACUGCCUGCGAGUCUACCUCUCAGAGACUGGCGCUCCGGAGAUGGUCAUGCUCCAGAUAUUGGACACUGGGUUAAGCCAGCAUUCCAUCUACGAUGAACGCCUCGGCUGCGGAGUACUGCUCUCCCUGCCGCCUUUAUUGCAAUCGAUUUUGCUCACGCCACAACGUCAUUUUAUAGUAAAGCACGUUAUGGAGCGCCUAGUAGACCGCUUGCAACGUCAACAGACACAACAGGAGAUUAUUUUAAAGGUGCUGACCAAAAUAAGAGAGCUGUUGGGUGUGCAAGAGUUUGAGCAUUACUUAGACGAAGUGCAAAGUGGAGAUGGCCUGUCACUCUUUAAUCAACUGUGCAACAUGUAUGGAAUAUUUAAUAAGUCCCAUCGAGCUGAAGGUGCAAAUGCAGGCGCUUGGAGAGCUCUACCCCGGGAGCACACAUGGCGAGCGCCGAGUACUUCGCAGGAUCCGCAAGAAGUCUCACAUCCAGAGAAAGGGAAAGUGAUUAUGGAAACGGAAAUUAAAAUCAACGAUGACACACUUACCAUGCGAAUUCUAGAGGCAGAAACUGAGACGGAAGACGCAGAUAGUCCCAUUUUAGAAUCAGCAGAACUUGUGUGUCGUCCACUCCCCGCACAGCCGCCACGAGAAAUGGAUGCAGGGAUACUUCAGAUAAUUAGCGAUUCAGAACUGGAGGAAGUGAACGAAACUAAUAUUGAUGCACCCUUUCGGGGCUUGAAACGAGUGACAUUUGGUGGAGAGAUUGUUAAAAUGCGUACACCCGAUAGUGAUGCAGCUUCCUCUACGCACAAUAUCGAAAACCCUGUUCGAGACGCGGACGGACAGCAGACAAAUACACCACAGUCUUCUUCUUCUGUGUUAGAGGACCAACAUCAAUCAGAAAAAGACAAGAAUGAAGCCUUCAAAAUGACAGCCUUGACAUUGGAAAUCCCCAGUGAUAAUACCAAGCCCCUGCCCCGAGCCAGAAGUGCACAAUCGCCACAGCGAAACAACAGCUUUUUAAAAGACCAAGAACAGGCUGCGCAAAGCACAAAUGCAACGACGACACAUGCCUCCCCAAGUCGAGACGUCUCUCCUGCUUAUCGUAGUCGUAGCAUCAGUCCGGCCGGUAGUAUUACAACCAGUCCCAAAGUACCCCACAAAGAGAUCGAAGUACUACACAAUCUUCAGCGGGAUACCGAUCCCUCGCCUCGGUCCAUGCGACGAAGCGAAAGCAUCACCACUGACUUAAUUACUCCACCUGCAACCGCGAGCGUGCUGCAAGCAGACCGACCAGCUACACCAACUACCUGGGAAGAUCUGGACAUUGUCAACUAUAAAACUAUCAUGGACUUGCGUUCAGGAGAUUGGCGCAACCGUUUGCAGGGUAUAGCACAGCUAGAAAUAGCUCUCAGCACAUCCAGCAACUUAGUGAAGGUGCAGCCCCAUCUAGAUAGCCUGCUGCGCACCUUACUAUCCUCGGAGCGCAACUUCGAGGUAGCUGAGCUGAAGCGCGAAGUUCUAGUUAAUCUCAUUUCACGCCUACCACUGGACAACUUGGAGGAACGGACGCCACAAAUAUUGUCCGGUCUCUGUCGCCAGGGCAACGCAGGAGCAAAUCGCGUGUGCAAAGCACUAAUGCAGCGCUUGCCAGCAGGCACUAUAGUCGCUAAAUUGACAGCGCCCGAGUAUCUUCAUGCUAAGAGCUCAAAGUUUCGGGAUCACGCCCUACAAAUGUCCAUCUACUCGCUGUUGUCCUUUCCCGGCACAUGUUUCGACAUAAACAUCCUCGCAGCUCAAGUGACCUAUGCUGCACUUAACCGCAAGCGUCGCGUACGGCAAGCCGCUUUAGAAGUAUUUGCUGUACUUGCUGAUAUAUCUUCGGUGGAUGAGGUGAUGCAAAUUGUUACCGAGACAGUGGAUAGCAUAGAGUUAGGACCUGCGCUGCUGUCAGCUGUGAAAACGCGUUUGUCCCGCCUCCAGCUGCCCAUAAUUACAGCUGAUGGAUCCGUCCUAUAUACAUUCCAUAAGGCUGAUCAAGCUGGGCGAAUGCGCUUUGGAGCAGAUGUGGACUGGAUCACGCAAGGCGAAGGCUCAGCGUCUCCAAAUGCCAUUAAGAGACGUCGCCAGCAAUUGGCCAAUAAAAAGCGGUUGAUGCAGGAAAGCAAACAUGCAGAGGAAUUGACGAAUCAAAGCACUCCAAUAGACGAGAACUUACACCGACACUCAUUCCACUCCCCGCCCGAAGCGCUAGAAAUGUCUCGAGCCUCUAAUGACUUUUUCAAAAAAAAAAUGUAUAGUACUAAUUCUAACUACAUGGAGCGUCGCCUGGGAGCCAAGGCAUACUCUGAAUCAUCAAUGGAUGGCAGAAGCACUGAUAGUACGACAACGUCCUGCAGUAGUGGCAGUGGCAGUGGAAGUUUCAUACAGUUGACUCCUUGUAAUUUGGCCAUUAAUAGGCGCUUGGCUCGACAAAAUUCAAGAUUUCCAAUUAUGAAGCGACAAACGGAUUUUAUUACCAAUUUCAUGCGCAACAUAGAACGAAAGCCAUGUACAUAUAGUUUCGAGGACACCAAAGAUGACUCAAAUGCGAAUCAUAGCGUGAAAAAAUGUCAGAAGCCGCAAGUUCAGAAGGAGCCAGCAAGACAAAAAAUAUACGUAGAACAGAAUUGGCUAGAGAGAAGCAGUCAAUCUCAAGCAAAAGCAAUAUCAAAAUUAAAGGAGGUCAGUAAUCAAGAUUUGGAUCACCAACUGGAAACAACGAACAGAGAUGUUCUGAAUGGUUCUAAAUUCAACAUAGCUAGCAAAAUGCCAAAUGUUUUUAGCUGUGGCGGUCAACCCGCAAAUCUUUUGGUCGUGCUUCGCGACGCAUUUCACACAGUUAAGGAAUAUGUAUUGGAAAGGGCAAUGAUAUCUUAUGAUCGGUGUCUCUGUCAGUGUUGUGUUUGCCACACCAAACGAAGAAAAUCGAUGCAAAUUGAUAAAACGGCUACAAAUGUGGCCGAUAAAGUGACGUGGCAAGUGCUCGACCCCCCUCAAGUAGUUGACAAAAAUUUCGUGAAUGAGGGUUUCCCCCAGGUAGAGCUAGUAAAAGCCGAAACACCUAGUCAAGUUACAACAGCCAUCGGGCCACAGGCAAGCAAUCAUAACGGAGAAGGCUCUCCCCUAUCGAUCAAAUCAACAAGCUAUUCUCAGAAGUCAACCGCCUCGGCUAAAUCAUACGAUGUGGGCAAACAGACCAAGUCUCUCUCUGUUGAAAUGGAUGCAACAAAUUUAGAAACACAAUUCGGGGAGCUAGUAGUCGACGACAUUGAGGAAGAAACAGAGUCACCUUGCCAGGAGCCCGCUUUGAAACGGAAUGAAAGCGUUAGCAGCCUGCAAAGCAAAACGGAAAGCAUUAAGACACAACUCGAGGAUGCAACGCCACAAAUGUCGCGUGCUCAAUCCAUGAAAUCGCUGGCUAUUGAAGAGGAGAUUGAGAGCGCCAAUAGCUUUGUCGUUGUUGAGGAUCUGCAGAACGAGCUUGAAUCAACAGCAGUAGAGGCGGCGUCCCUUCACGAAUCACCAGAGCUGCCACCGAACAACGAAACACAGCUCCCAUCGGGCUCUCGAAGCUCAUCUAGCAAAAAGUCUGAAAUCCUAGAAGACGAUAGGGGCAUACACUCACGCAGUAUCUCACUCGACUCGCUCUAUGGGCGGCGACCCAACUCAAAGCAAGAUUCUCUGGACACUAGUACCAGCACCACUGAUAAUAGCUCUCAAAUCGUCUCUCACUUUGAGCAGGCCAAUCGGCUGCCUUCGAAGCCACAACACACACCACUGAAACAAAAGUCGAAAACGUCAUAUCUAUUGCGUAGUCAGCGACGCGUCUCCCCCGUUAAACAGGCAAUCAAGAUGUCGCAGACGGAGCUUUUUCCGCCCACUAUGUCACGAUUUGAGAAACCACGGGAGGCUUUACUCAAGACAUUUGAUCAACUGGACUCGAAUAACUGGGAGGUAAAUAUAACAGGCCUGAAAAGCAUGGUGCGCCUGAUCCGCUACCAUGCGGAUUUCCUGGACAGUCAUAUGCAUAUGACAUGCAUUCAGCUCACUCGUUCUGUUCGUAAUCUGCGCUCACAAGUGGCUCGAGCAGCUUGCCAGGUCGCCACGGAACUAUAUACUUUAAAAUUCAAAUCAUUGGAAUUGGAAUGUGAUGACCUGGUCUGCGCCUUGCUGCACCGCACGGCGGACACAAACCGAUUUCUGCGUGCAGAUGCCACCCGCGCCCUAGAGUCGAUGGUGGAUCACGUCCAGCCUGCGAAAGUUCUCAACAUACUGGCAAUCAAAGGUGCUCAGCAUCAGAAUGCCGUAGUACGAACUACGACGGCGAAGCUGAUGUUUAGACUGGUCGAACGUUUGGGCUGCGAUCGCAUCUACUCAAUGGGCCGUGAAAAUCGUGAUAAGUUUUUCACUGUCGGUGCAAAUCUUCUACUUGAGGGCAGUCUCGAGACCCGAAGCUAUGCCAAGUCGCUGUUCCGAGCUCUGUCCGAGCACGGCAGCUACCAGCGCUUGUUAUUGGAGGUCAUACCACCGCGAGUAUAUCGGAAUGUGGAGAAGACUCUAAGAAGCAUUACACGCUAGUCACCUCAUUUAGUCAGCUUUUUUUGUAAAUAGCAAUUAUCUUAUUUUGAAUUUUUUUCGAUGUUGAUACUCUUGAUUCAUUGAUGUACAUGGUCAUUGCUUUGAAUUGCCGUUAUACCACUGUUCGUUCGACUAAAUAUUCCUUUCGUGGAGGCGUAGUUUCAAGUGAUAUGAUCCUAUAAGAAUCAACUCACUUUGUUCUAUGGUAAAAUUCUUUUUGUACAGUGUAAUAGAUCUACGCUUAUUAAAGACUUAUACAAAUAAA